AUGGCUGCUCUUUCGACUGCUUCUCGCCUGUGCCUGCGCGCCGCGGCCAAGCCCGCCGUGCCCGCUGUGCGCGCCCUGAGCAGCACCGCCAUGCGCUCCGACGGCGCCCCCAGCUACAGCAGCCCCUUCAAGGGCGAGACCAAGGGCUCCCAGAUCCCCGACUUUGGAAAGUACAUGUCCGCCAAGUCCGAGAACAGCAACAAGGUCUUUUCCUACUUCAUGGUCGGUGCCAUCGGCGCCCUGACUGCCGCCGGCGCCAAGAGCACUGUUCAAGAGUUCCUUGUCAACAUGUCCGCCUCUGCCGACGUUUUGGCCAUGGCCAAGGCCGAGGUCGACCUCAACACCAUCCCCGAGGGCAAGAACGUCAUUAUCAAGUGGCGUGGUAAGCCCGUCUUCAUUCGCCACCGUACCGCCGACGAGAUUGCCGAGGCCAACAAGGUCGAGGUUUCCUCCCUCCGUGACCCCCAGUCCGAUGACGACCGCGUCCAGAAGCCCGAGUGGCUCGUCAUGCUGGGUGUCUGCACCCAUCUGGGUUGUGUCCCCAUUGGCGAGGCUGGUGACUACGGCGGCUGGUUCUGCCCCUGCCACGGCUCCCACUACGACAUCUCCGGCCGUAUAAGACGAGGCCCUGCCCCUCUCAACCUCGAGAUUCCCGCCUACGAAUUUCCCGAGGAGGACAAGCUCGUCAUUGGUUAA